GUUCGGUGGAAACAUCCUGCACAGCUUUAACGUUCCCAUGCAGCUUCGCAUCUAUGAGAUUGAGGACAGAACAAAGGCAUGUGACUGAAAACCUUUUGAAGGCCGAGGGGUGGAAGGCGGCUUCCUGUUUGUGCAGGCCAAGUUCCGUUACCCUUUCUACUAUGAGAUGUGCUGGUAUGUUCUGGAGAGAUACGUGUCUUGCGUGACCCAGCGCUCCCACCUCCGCAAAGAGUACCUGAGAGAAUCAAUGUUAAUUGAUGCAACAAGGAAACGCAGCUUAGAUAGCUUCUCCUCGGAUUCUUGGGUAGACAUGGAUGAAGAAUUGUGUGAUGCUCGUGCUCGGGAAGAGAAGGAUGAGAACUUGGAUAAAACCCCUAAGCCCUCAGCUGAUGGUUCCUCCUCUCCCAACAGCACACAUUCGGAAGGGAAGGAGAUUUUGGGAAAGAAGCAGAAAUCCACUGCCACCAGGUACCUCAAAAGAACUUUGUCCAAUGAGUCGGAUGAGAGUGUAAAGUCAACGCCAGCAGAGUAUCCCAAAACGCCCACGGGGUCGCCAGCCACAGAGGUCUCAGCCAAAUGGACUCACCUUACAGAGUUUGAACUGAAAGGGUUGAAAGCCCUCGUUGAAAAACUUGAAUCCCUCCCAGAGAAUAAGAAAUGCAUCCCGGAAGGCAUCGAAGAUCCUCAGGCUUUGCUAGAGGACAUGAAGAAUAUCCUGAAAGAACACGCAGACGAUGACCAAAACCUUGCCGUUUCUGGGGUCCCGGUGGUAUCCUGGCCGAAGAAAAACACAAAGAAUCGAGCCGUCGGCAGGCCAAAGGGUAAGCUGGGACCCGCUUCUGCCGUGAAGCUCGCAGCAAACCGGACGACUGCGGGGGCUCGCCGGAGGAGGACGCGAUGUCGCAAGUGCGAGGCCUGCCUGCGCACCGAAUGUGGCGAGUGUCACUUCUGCAAGGACAUGAAGAAGUUUGGUGGGCCGGGCCGGAUGAAGCAGUCGUGUAUCAUGAGGCAGUGCAUCGCGCCGGUGUUGCCCCACACUGCCGUGUGCCUGGUGUGCGGAGAAGCUGGGAAGGAAGAUACCGUGGAAGAGGAGGAGGGCAAGUUCAACCUCAUGCUGAUGGAGUGCUCCAUCUGCAACGAAAUCAUCCAUCCCGGAUGCCUUAAGGUGCGGGAGUCGGACGGUGUGGUCAACGAUGAGCUGCCAAACUGCUGGGAGUGCCCCAAGUGCAACCAUGCUGGGAAAACGGGGAAAGCGUACAAGCAAAAGCGCGGACCAGGGUUCAAAUACGCAUCCAACCUCCCCGGCUCGCUGCUGAAAGAGCAGAAGAUCAACCGGGAAAACAAAGAGGUCGUCCCGGACGCCACCAAGCGCAAAGUGGAAUGUGAGGAGCCCCCUCGGAAGAAGUCAGACGAACACCCCAAAAAGCCCCCCCUGGACCCCUUGCUGAGGAGGAAGUCUGAAGAUGUCCACCUGCGGCGGAAAAGGAAAUUCGAGAAGCCUCAGGAGCCCACCAUGAGGAAACGGCUAAAACUAGGCAAAGAAGAGAAGCUGUUUAGGAAAAAGCGGCGGUCUUGGAAGGCGGCCGACGACCGAACGGCCCUGGUGAAGCCUCUGCGGUGUUUCAAGCAGGAGCCGGAGGAGGGCCUCCCGGAGGAGCCGCCAAAGAGCAAGGAGAGCGACCAGUCCCGCUCGAGCUCCCCCAUGGCUGGGCCCAGCUCAGAGGGGGCGGAGUCUCGCGGCGACAAGAAGAAGUUCAAGAUCCGGCGGAAAAACCGCGUUUCCAACGAGCUCAGCAAGGAGCUCAGCAAGGAGCUCAACCAGGAGAUCCAAAAGACUGAGAACAGCCUGGCCAACGAGAACCACCAGCCCAUUAAGUCGGAGCCGGAGAGCGAGAACGAGGAGCCCAAGCGAGCCCUCUGCCCCGAGCGGCCCCACCGCUUCAGCAAGGGCUUGAACGGGACGCCCCGGGAACCCCGGCACCAGCUCCUGCCCAGCCUGCGCAGCAGCACUCCCCGGAUGAUCAGCCGGCCUCCCCCCUCCCUGUCGCCACCCAAGUGCAUGCAGAUGGAGCGCCACGUCAUCCGGCCGCCCCCCAUCAGCCCCCCGCCGGACUCGCUUCCCCUGGAUGACGGGGCCGCCCACGUGAUGCAGCGGGAGGUCUGGAUGGCCGUCUUCAGCUACCUCAGCCACAGCGAACUGUGCGUCUGCAUGAGGGUGUGCAGGACUUGGAACAGAUGGUGCUGUGAUAAGAGACUGUGGACCAAAAUAGAUCUAAACCAUUGUAAAUCCAUCACCCCCCUUAUGCUCAGCGGUAUUAUUCGGAGGCAGCCGGUCAAACUGGAUCUGAGCUGGACAAACAUAUCCAAAAAGCAGCUGAGCUGGCUCAUCAACAGGCUCCCAGGUCUGCGGGAUCUGGUCCUGGCAGGGUGCUCGUGGAUCGCCGUGUCCGCUCUUUGCAGUUCCAGUUGUCCCCUCCUCCGAACUCUGGAUGUCCAGUGGGUAGAAGGUUUAAAAGAUGCACAAAUGAGAGACCUUUUGUCGCCACCAACUGACAACAGGCCAGGCCAAAUCGACAACCGGAGCAAACUGCGCAACAUCGUGGCGCUGCGCCUGUCCGGCUUGGACAUCACAGACGCGUCCCUGCGCCUGAUCAUCCGGCACAUGCCGCUGCUGGCCAGGCUCGACCUCAGCUUCUGCAACCACAUGACAGAUCAGUCCGUCAACCUGCUGACGGCCGUGGGCACCACCACACGGGAUUCCCUAACGGAAGUCGUCCUGCAAGACUGCAACCAGGUGACCGGCCAGUGUCUCUCCUAUUUCAAGCGCUGUGGCAGCAUCUGCCGGAUCGACCUGAGGUACUGCAAGCAAGUCAGCAAGGAAGGCUGUGAGCAGUUCAUAGCCGAGAUGUCGGUCAGCGUUCAGUUUAACCAGGUGGAAGAGAAACUGCUGCAGAAACUGAGUUAGUAUUUUUUUUUCCAAGGGCACAUUUGUAAAUAGUUAAGGGAGAAAAAGGACUCCAGGAGGACAAAGAGGGAAUUUUAUUUUUGGUUGGAAGAUGCCAGCCAGAUAAGCCCACGUGUCAAAAGGUGCAAGAGUGGACAGGAACCUGUGGGAUUCAAGCCACCUGCAGCUACCGUUUCAGCCUCUUGAGGAUUACCUGAUGCUUUCUACCCAGGUGGUUUAAUUUCCAGUGAUGACAGCAAAGGAUUGUUCAUGCCUGGGUCGAGGAAGGGGUCCCCCCCCCCCCCCCCCCGC